GAACCUUAUUCACUCGUACACGCCGCCACCGACGCGCUCAACGUUCCGCGCCCAUUUUUCUUCUAGGUAAAUCGCCUUUCCAACAACAUGCCAGGAGUACGAGACAUCAGCGCGGAUGCUUUCAUUACCGCCUACGCUUCCCAUCUUAAACGAUCAGGCAAACUAGAGGUCCCAACCUGGGUCGACCUCGUCAAAACUGGCUCAUUCAAAGAGCUUGCUCCUUAUGAUCCCGACUGGUACUAUGUCCGCGCAGCUGCUGUCGCAAGACACAUCUACCUCCGCAAAGACGUCGGCAUUGGUGCACUCACAAAACUUCACGGUGGCCGUAACAGACGCGGCAACCGCCCAUCUCACCACGCUGACGCAUCUGCAUCCGUACAGCGAAAGAUCUGCCAAUCGUUGGAGAAAAUCGGUGUCUUGGAGCAGACUGACAACGGUGGACGACGGAUUAGCCAGGACGGUCAACGGGAUUUGGACCGAAUUGCUACUGCUGUCGUAGAGGCUGCAAAGGAGGAGGAGGACGAUGAGGACGAAGGUGAGGAGGGUGAAGAAGAAGACGAGGAGUAAAUGUCUAGCUUCGAUAUCCCUCCUUGCAUGGCGUACUCCUGCGUGUCUGGCGUAUGAUUCUCCAUGGCUGUUUUUAUGUCACUACGGUAUGACGCAUGCAACUCUCUAAAAACAUGGCAUAUUAUUUUUUGCUUUGCAAACUUUUGACCUCUCGCGAUGCAUCAUUUAGACAAGCUAGAGUUCAUUGACAAAUGACAGGUAUUUGACCUGUCA